GCCCAAGUCAAAAGAGGCAGGGUAGAUGACAUUUCGGUUAAACCUUUAUAUAGUCAGUUUCUAGAGAAGAUCUCUUUUUCUCUUUGCCUUUUAAAUAACCAACAUUUCCUUUCUAGAGUUCAAAAUCCAUAAACCCUACAAUCUUCCGCACACCAAAGGAACCGUUAAUGGCGGACGAGCCGUCGUUCCCCGAAGAAUUCGCUGAUGCUGACAAUGCAGAUUCCGACGAGAUUGCGGAGCUCAAUCAAAGGAUCAGUGAUCUCGAGGAGGGGAAUAGUAAGAUCGUUCGGGAAAAUAAGGAAUACAAGCGACGAGUAGAAGAGCUGAAGGCGUCUGUUGAGAAAUUGAGCUCUGAGAAUGCGGAUUUGAAGAAUCAAAUGGAGAGCGCACAGUCGGAUCUCGAAGGCGAGGUGUCGAGGCUGCGUCACGAUUUGGCGACGGCGAUGAGCGAUUUGUCUGAAUUGAAGAGCGAAUUGGAGGGGAUGAAAGGGAAGGAGAAGGAGAAGGAUGUGAAGCUGGAGGCGGCGGAGAGGGAGAAGGCGUUGCUGGUGGUGGAACUGGAUGCAAGGGAUAAGCAAAUCCAGGUUUUUAAGAAGAAUGUGGAGGAAUUGGAAGUGGUGGCGGGGAACGGCAAGGGUUCUGAGACGGAUAAGAAUGGGUUGCAGAUGAUGAUGGAGAAGAUGAAGGCGGAAAUCAGCAUUCUGCAGAGCUGUUUGGAUGAGAAGGAGAGUGUGAUUCGGGAGCUCAACUGUCGUGGCAUCAAUAGUGAUGAUGGCGGGAAGAGAGGGUCAAUUGGUGGUGUGAGGCAAAGGGAUUGGAUGCUUGUGGGUGGCACAGCCAUUGCCACUGCUGCUGUAAUGGGGUGCUACAUACAUGCUGCAAGAAAACAUUGAUUUGUGCUUCUUCAAUGGUAGUAAGGUAGAGGUUAGGAGAAUUUCUAUAUUUCCUUUUCUUCUUGGCCGAAAAUGGAGAGUUGAGUUUCAGUUUUGGAUAAUUGUUGCUUUUGGUUUGUGUCUUUGAUGCUAAGUUUUGGGGGACAUAGGUGACAGUUAUUGUUGAUGGGCUAAUGCUAAAUAAUGCACUUAUUUUUCUUUCUAUUUGUGGUUCUUGUGUUUGCUGCAGUGGGAUUAACUCUUGAUCAAUAUUAUGAGAAUUUGAUGCCUAUA